UUUAUUUUCUGUUUCUCUUUCCUUGGUUCUUCAUUACCACAACCCACGAUCAUCCCGUCCAAAGCCCUAACCCACGAUUUUUCAACCUCUCAUCUAUGUCACUAUCUCCAUUAUUUUCCACAAGCUCUGUAAGUUGUUCCUCCCACAUAUUGUCUUCUCUUCUUCUAUAAAUGGCCACCACUAAGUCGGGUUCGAAGUUGCUUUCCCCAGCUAAAAUUUUUUUAAAAAUUUUUAAGAAACCUCCUACAAAUUCAUCUAAAGUUGAUCCUAAGAUGAGUUUGAAGCGCAUUGCGAAGAAAGGAAUGAGUGAUGUUGUAGAGCCAUCUGGUUCUAAGAAAAGACCUAUUCCAAAUAAAAUUGAGUCUCGUAAGACAAAGAGAGCAAAAUCUUCGAAAUCUGCCAAGGAUGUUAUAUCUUAUUUUGAUUUUGAGGAUGAAGUGCAUGAUGGGGAAGUGAAGCCUAAAGUUAAAUCCAAGGUCCAUGCUAAGAGCUCAGAAAAGUAUGAAGACUUUGACUUACCCAAAAAAAAAAUCCUUCUAAGGUGUCUUUUUUUGUGUUUUUUUAUAGUACCAUUUCUGUUUUUCCCUUUUCUAUUGUUUCAUGUCAUUUGUCAGUGAUGAUAAUCAUUUUUGUGUUGUCGACUUCUUUUUCUUCUUCCUGGUUGUUUUCAAGCUGUUGUACCAUUUCUGCAGCCACAAGCUUUGCGUAGUCAAAAUAUUCAUUUACUCCUGUAGUUUUUUUUGUGUUGUUUUUUGGUUGUUGGAUGGUUGUCUCUGAUGUCACAGUCCCUGUCUCUAGAAAAAAUGUAUCAUCUUGAAUUGUGUGUGCAAAUAGUUGUUGCUUGGAAGUUGUUCCUGGGUUGUUUCCAGGUUACUGCAAAUCUUCCUGUGCUGAGUUGUUGUCAUAUGCUGCCAUCAUCAUAUUUUUAUCUGUGAAAUCAACUAUUAAACAACUAUUUUGAAGCAUACGUUAGUUAAUAAGGAUAAAUUCAACAUUUCUUGUUUGGAGAUCCCAAACUACAAUUAUUUUACUGGAAAACAACUUAUAAACAACUGUUUACAGAUUCAAAUCCUGUAGCAUCUAAUUAUAUGCAUUAAUAUUUUUUUUGAUGCAAUUUGUUGUUGUUUUUUUGUUCAGGUUUAUAAAAUUUCCUGAUUAUUUCAAUUUUUUUCUGUAUUCCUCAAUUUAUAACACAUUCUCAAUUAUGUAGAAUAAAAAAAUAGGAAGAGGUUCAUGAAGAAAUUGUAUUACCUUCAAUUCUUUCUUUGAUUCGAUUAUGGGUGAGUUUCAAUGAUUUCUCAAUGUCCUUCUCUUCGAUUCCUCUCCUUUGAACUCGUUGGGUUUUUGAUUGUAGGUUGUUUUUGCAUUUUUUGUACAACAAUGGAGGUUGAAUACUUUUUUUUUUCUUAUAUGGAUUUUUCGAAUUUUGAUUGGUUUUUCGUUGAGAUCUACAUCUUGUUCAGAUCUGAUUUCCUUGGUUUUUGAAAAAAAAAAUGGUGGAGAUUUGGUUAUUUGGGGUUUCUUGGCUGGGUCACGAAGAAGGAGGUCUCUCCUCCGUUUUUUGUGGCUGGCUGGUAUUUUUGUAAAUAGAAAGUUUUGUUUUCUAUUUAUGUUUAUUUUUCCUUUUUAGGUUAUAAAUGUAAAUUGCUUCCCUUUUUAAUUUAUUAUAGAA